AUGGUCUCUGUUGCAAUGGCUGCACCUCAGGAACCCGAUCUCCCGUAUCCGCUUGUCCCACUCGAGGUUACCGGUACGGUUGAUGGCCAUGACUUCGAUCUCCAGGGUACCUACGACAGUGUCAUCGCUCAACUAGAGAAGCAAUAUCCCGAAGCUUUCACGAACAUCACCGAGAAACAUCCUUCUGCCUUAGUUGUCACUAAACGUGAUACUUCGAACAAGUCCGGACUCAUCUGUUGCGACAAGACUUCUUGGCCAUGGCAAUACACCUUAACCAGUGAUGUCCGCAGAGUGAUUAAUAACUUAAGAACCGACGACAACGCCGGCUACCACUGUAAAGUCCGCGCUAGAAGCUGCACUAGACUCAAUUGCUACGGUGACUCGUCUAUCAUCCUCUGCAACGACAACACCUAUGACAUCCAACCAGCCUGUGCCUACCUUGCCACCUACGCAGAAGAUAUCAUCAACGGCUGUACGAGAGACCAGGGCUUGUGGGGACCGGGAUCGCCUCUCCGACCGUUCUCGUGUGGACAGAAGUUUGAUACGGAUCGGUAUAAUGUGAUUGUUAGAUCGUUUUCUUGUGCUGCGCCUGAUACUCCUUGA